UUUCUAAGAAAAAUCAUAAAAUAAGAAUGGACCUGUCAAGAGUCAACCCAAACCCAAAUACGGUGGCACGUGUGAGGGUAUAUGUGUAAGUGUGUGGUUAGUCGUAGGCUUGUAGCCAACAAUCUUAAAAUUCCGAGCAGAUCUCUUUGGCACCACCACUACACUAGAGAGAGGGGUGAGGGAGAGGCUAUGGAGGUGGAGGAAGAGAAAAUAAAGCAAACGAAGUGGAAGAGAAGAAGCAGCAGCAGCAGCAGCUCAUCAAAGUCAUCUUCGUGUCUUAUAAAUAAUCUUGAUGAUGGGUGUCUGAUGCACAUCUUUAGCUUCCUCCCUCCCAUCCCAGAUCGGUAUAACACCGCCCUCGUUUGCCACAGAUGGCUUUUCUUGGCAUGUCACCCUCGCUUGUGGCUACGAGUUGAACGAUCUGUCAAAGAUCGAUUGGAGGAGCCUGGAGUUUUCCCCGACAUCGAGACUGCUGUUGCUGCUGCAAGGCCUGGUGACACCAUUCUAAUUGCAGCAGGAGGAAGGCAUCUUGCUUCUAAUAUUCAAAUAAAAAAGCGACUUUGCCUGAUUGGUGGAGGUGAGCUACCUGAUGAAACAACACUCUUUUGUUCUCGAGCUUCAGACAGUGCAUUGGAGUUGCUGUCCACCUGCAAAUUGGCAAACUUGACUGUGAAGGCAGAGCUUGGUUGUUGCUUGCUUCAUAGAAAUGGAAGGCUGACGAUAGAGGGGUGUGUGCUUCAAUGCGAAUCAAAUCCCCUGGACCAUCUUUCGUGCCCUAUUGUGAGCACUGCUAGCGCCCAGACAGUAUUCCCUUCCUCCGUGAAAUGUUCUAAGGACGGUGUUUCCGUAUUUCGAACUCGAAUUGAAGGAGGCGCCAAGGCUGUUCUGACUAGUGGAGACUUGACAUUGCAGCGAGUCCGAGUAAUUUAUGCCCGGACAUCGAUCUUUUUCUGGUUUGAUGUAGAGCACCAGUGAUGUCGUGUUCAUCACACUGGGCACUUGUAAAAUUGUACUUUAGACAUUCUUUAGAUGAAAUGGACUAUGUUUUCUGUAUUUCAAGUAUUGUAAUAAUUUUCAAUUUUAUUUCCUA